AAUGGACUAAAGUUUUAUAAGAAAAUCAAAACAUAAAUUAAGGAAUAGAUGCCUGGAGAUGUAGAUGGACUAGAUCUGGCUUAUAAAAAGACAAUAAUAAGAAGAGCUGAAGCUAGAAGUGCUGAUUUAUAUACAGGAUUAUAAGAACAAAAUAUUCAUUUAUUAGAUUUGCUAUUUUAUGAGUCUGGGAAAUCAUAGAAAAAGCCUUUUACUUAAAAAGAUAAAACAAAUUGAGAAGGAAAUAAUAUUGAAGAUUCAACCUGGUUAUAUUUAUGCUGCAGCUGACUUUACUGAUCCAUAUGGAACUCAUAGAGAAUGUUUGGAAUCUGUUUUGGCAAUUAUGCCAUAGGUUAAGGAACAACUACUCUAUUUGAUUACUUUUUUUAAUAAAGGACCUUGGUAAAAGUGA